AUGCUGCGAAGAAAAUACGGGAAUUCUCUCCGCGGCGGUAACCGUAGACGAGAAAGUUAUAUUAGGUCAGAAAACGAUGCUCCAUUGGAUAUCGAGGGUGCUAUGUCGGCGUCAAAUCAACUCCGUUAUACCCGUGCCAAAGCGAAUGAUGCUAUGGACCGACGCUACGGUUUCGAACCCUUUAGUGGGCCAGGAGAACGCGUCGGAUGGCUCGUCAACAUGCAUCCAACAGACGUUCUUGAUGACUCUAAAAAUCUUGUUAGUGCAGUUGAUUUUUACUUCAUCCAAUCCGAUGAUAGACGUUUCAAAGUCUCUCGACCUUAUUUGCCUUAUUUCCUAGUCUCCGUAGAUGGUGAUCAGGACGUUGAAACAGAAGUGACUACAUUUCUCUCUCGCGAGUUUGCUGGACGCAUUGUAAAAGUUGAGGUGGUGGAAAAAGAAGACCUAGACAUGCCUAAUCAUCUGAUUGGAUUAAAAGCUCGCUAUCUAAAACUUUCCUUCCAUUGUGUGGACGAGCUCGUCCGGGUCCGAAAGGAAGUCGCAUCACACGUUAAGCGCAACAAAGAGGUUCAGAAUGACCAAUCUACUUACACAGACAUGUUGGGCGAGCAUUUCCAGGACUCCAGUGAGGGCGGAUCUUCUAGUGCUCAGCGGAAGGAUAGAACAAUGAAGGAUGCUUAUGAUUACCUCACGGAUAUUCGUGAAUACGAUGUGCCAUAUCUUAUGCGUGUCUCCAUUGACUUGGACAUUUUCGUUGCCCAUUGGUACACCGUUAAAUGCCGUCCUGGCCAACUUCCAGAGUUUCAUAGAACUGAAGAAACUGUACCAUGGCCAGAACCCGUUGUUCUUGCCUACGACAUCGAAACCACCAAGUUACCCCUCAAAUUCCCCGAUGCUUCAGUAGAUCAGAUUAUGAUGAUCUCCUACAUGAUUGAUGGGACUGGUUUUCUAGUCUGUAACCGAGAGAUUAUCGCAGAAGACAUUGAAGACUUUGAAUUUACGCCGCGGCCGGAAUUCCCUGGUCACUUCCGCGUCUUUAAUGUGGCUAAUGAGGAGGCCUUAAUUCAUCACUUUUUUGACCACAUCCUCCGCGUAAAGCCAACGGUGAUGGUCACUUAUAACGGUGACUGCUUCGAUUGGCCGUUUGUUGAAGCACGAGCAGCCGUCUACAACAUCAGCAUGUUUGAGGAAAUAGGUUUUAGCCGAGUAAAGGGUGGACCUAGUCCAGGACGAGAUCCAAACGCUGGUGAUUAUCUCGCACGACCAGCCGUUCACAUGGACUGUUUCCGUUGGGUCAAGCGUGACAGUUAUCUGCCCAUUGGUGCUCAUGGGCUGAAGGCUGUUGCGAAGGCAAAACUCCACUACGAUCCAAUUGAAAUGGAUCCUGAAGUGAUGUGUCUAAUGGCUAGGGAGGACCCUCGGACCUUGGCCAACUACUCCGUUUCUGAUGCUGUAGCAACUUACUACCUAUACAUGAAGUAUGUUCAUCCCUUCGUCUUCGCCCUCUGCACUAUUCUUCCUGUUAAUCCAGAUGAUGUGUUGCGAAAGGGAUCGGGAACACUCUGUGAGGCUCUUCUGAUGGUCCGGGCUUAUGAAGCUAAAGUAGUUUUCCCACAUAAGCAGUCUACUGGAGCUUCACACGACGGUAUUCUCAAUCAAUCUGGACUUACUUACUCUUUUACUGAUGACAAUAAGCUUAUCGACUCAGAGACCUACGUAGGUGGUCAUGUGGAAGCUCUUGAAGCCGGAGUCUUUCGUGCUGAUAUACCCGUCCGAUUUCGUCUCAUUCCAGCGGCUUGUGAACGUCUUCGUGAGGAUGCACGUCGUUGCAUCACUUAUGCACUUUCCACGGAACUUGACGCUAGCGAUCCUAGUUUGGUGGAAAGCCUCGUGAAGAAGGAGGACUUCGAAGAAAUCUGUUGCGAAGUGGAACAAGCUUUAUCUCAGCUUUCUGCAAUGCCAAACCGUGUUGAGUGUCCAACGAUCGUCCACUUGGAUGUGGGAGCCAUGUACCCCAACAUAAUCCUCACCAAUCGUCUUCAACCCUCGGCAGUCACUGCAGACCCGGAUAAACACUGCUCAGGAUGUCAUUUUUAUAAGCCGGGAGCCGAUUGUCGACGGUUCAUGUCUUGGCAAUGGCGAGGUGAACUCUGGACGGCGUCCAGAGCUGACGUCUAUCGGAUUCAGGCGCAGUUACAACAAGAACGCUUUUCUAUGAAAGGGGAAGGAGCUCCCGUUCCAUUCCAUCAGCUUAGCAAGGAGGACCAAGCGGCGGUGGAGAAGAAGAGACUAUCGGACUUCUGUCGCCGCGCUUACAAGAGGAUUCAUACGACAAGGACGGAGGAGCGAGUGGCAAUGGUGUGCCAACGCGAGAAUUCUUUCUACGUGGACACAGUGAGAGCCUUCCGUGACCGGAGAUACAAGUUCAAGGGGAUGACGAAGGUAUGGAAGCGGAAGUUGGACGAUGCGAUGGCAGCAACGAAAGCGGGAGUGGGUGAUCCUACGGAAGUGAAGCAGGCUAGUGCCUUGGUGGUGCUCUACGACAGUCUCCAGUUGGCCCACAAGUGCAUUCUCAACUCGUUUUAUGGUUAUGUGAUGCGGAAAGGUGCGAGGUGGCAUUCGAUAGAGAUGGCUGGAGUGGUGUGCAAUACGGGAGCAAAUAUUAUUACACGGGCGAGGGAGUUGAUUGAACAGAUCGGCCGCAGUUUAGAGUUGGACACUGAUGGCAUCUGGUGCAUACUGCCCGCCAGCUUCCCGCAGAACCUCACCUUCCGUCUGGCUAGUGGUAAACGUCUCUCUAUAUCCUAUCCGGGUGCCGUGCUAAACCAAAUGGUUCGUGAUCUCUUCACCAACCACCAGUACCACGAACUUCUCUCCGGUGCCAAUUUGUCCUAUCAGGUUCGCUCGGAGAACACUAUCGCCUUUGAAAUUGAUGGGCCCUACCGUGCCAUGGUGCUACCCGCGGCCCGUGAAGAGGGCAAGCGUUUAAAGAAGCGUUACGCCGUUUUUAAUUUUGACGGCACUCUGGCGGAGCUCAAGGGCUUCGAGGUGAAACGGAAUGGGGAAUUGCAGUUGAUUAAGAUAUUUCAAUCCUCCGUUUUUGAAGCCUUCCUACAUGGUUCGAGCCUGACUGAGGUCUAUGCUGCAGUAGCGAAAGUCGCUGAUCAUUGGUUAGACGUGUUGCACGCGCAUGGCGCGGGAAUCCCCGACUCGGAGUUAUUCGAUCUGAUUGCGGAGAAUAGGAGCAUGUCGAGGAGGUUGGAAGACUAUGGGUUGCAAAAAUCAACCUCUAUCAGCACGGCAAAACGACUGGCGGAGUUUCUCGGCGACGCGGUAGUGAAAGAGGCGGGUCUUUCCUGUCGAUUCAUUAUUGCUAAACAACCGGAACAGGCACCAGUGACGGAGAGAGCCAUUCCGUUGGCUAUUUUCCAGGCGGAUCCUUCAGUGAAGCGUCACUUUCUGCGUAAGUGGUUGAAGGACCCGAGUAUCAGUGCAAAUGUGGAUCUUCGUGCCAUCCUCGACUGGGAUUACUAUCUGGAGCGUUUGGGAGGUGCUAUACAAAAGAUUAUCACGAUUCCUGCGGCUCUUCAACAAGUAGCUAAUCCGGUGCCUCGCGUGGCUCAUCCGGAUUGGUUGCACAAAAGACUGCAUGAGAAGACGGAUACGUGCCGUCAAUUAAAGCUGACGGACCUCUUUCCCACCUCAAUUUCUACAAAUGCAGUUAUUGGCGUUGUGGACAUUGAAGAUACACCAACAGGAGCGUCGGAAGCCUCAACAGCGAUGUUAACUCCAAGAGUGACAAAAAAGCGCCCUUUGAUGGCUGUUCAAGCACCUCCAGGACCACCAAAACACUGGAGAGAGGUGUUGGGUGAUCCACCGAAGCUGGAAGAGGUUGGAGCUCGAGCAUGGUUGGAAUUUCAUCAGCAAAAGUGGAAGCUGCAAGCGGAACGGAGAAAGUGGUUGAAGGAAAGCGGCGUUCGUGGUGGUGGUGCCCCAUUGGCAAAACGAGUCAGGGGUCUUGGUGGUUUUCUGACACGCACAAGAGCUGCAUUGUCGCAGUGUGUUUGGCAAAUAGUCGAGAUAGUCCCGAGUUCGAAUCAGCCAGGUCUGUACACCCUCUGGGUUUACGUCCACUCCCCCUUGGACACCUUUUCCAGUGGUCCUCAACUCCACUCCAUCCCUCUCCAUCUUUCACGUCACUUCUACGUCAACCAACGCGUUGCCAAGGCGCAAGAGUCUGGCACCUUCUACCGGAAGGUCUCAUCUACCACCGUAGGUGGUAGUAGUGAAGGAAGUUCAGCUGUCACGUCAUUAUCCAACUACACUCUUCCUCGCUCCCACCCCGUCUACCAUCUCUACGAAUAUACGGUUCCAGAAGACGUCUACUCCUCCCACGCUGCCGAUAUUGCGGCAGAUUUGGCUAGACCUGAAGUGGAGGGUGUCUACGAGCUUCGAGUUCCACCACUGUUUCGUCUACUCGCGAAACUAGGGUGUCUCUGCGCAGUUGCGCGUCGCAAACCACAACAGCAACAGCAGGCGACAAUGAUGGGAGAUGGUGGUGUAGAUAAGAGCUUUCGAUUGGAACAGCUUGAAUUUCGAUCGUUGGAGCAGCAUACAUACCUGGAAGGGGGAGAGGGAGGGUGUCGGUUGAGAAAGAUGUUCCUCCUCUUUUAUCAUGAUGUGGGACAGUUGAUGCCUCGGAGAGAGGCGCUGAGACAGAUGUACUUUCUGGUUAUUCCAUGGACGCAACGCGCUUACGUCUGCGUGGUUGACACUGCAAGAAUCAACAAAUUACCUAACAAUUUGGACCGGUUGUACUCCCGCAGUUUCGAAAAACACUUCUCCUCUACCACCACUAACCUUCCCUCCUCCCUCACCUUUGAAACCCGUAUUGAGACUGAUCCUCCUACUGCACGCCGCAUCGUUCAACGCUGGAUUACUUCGGCGAAUCAAGAACGUGGCCAAGGUCGCCCAAGCCGUCAAAAGGAAUUGGAAGGGGAAGAAGGGAAAGAAAACACCUCCACUGGCGACAGCGCUCCAAUCAUUGUUCUUCUCCACGCUCCUUCUUCGUCCUACACCUCGACAUCUAGCGUGGAUGCACCCUGGCCUCUAGGCGAAGCAAUGGUUAACCGUCGGAGGGCCCCUCAGUUGACCUCUCUUACAGAAAUGCCGGUAGUGCCGUUGGGUGGAACAGGAGAUGAUGAAAGAGUAUCAGGAGAGGGUCCGGACGAUGCAUAUAGUGUUCUUAACUGGCAGAAUACCGUUGUGAAACGUGCCAUCAAGUUUUAUCUACAGUCGGAGGCACGAUUCGAAAACCAGUUGGAGUUGGCCCGGUACCUCCAUAUUCCGGUGGGAAAUGUGCCUGUUGCUGAGGCACCAGUUCGUGUACAAGCGUCUGGAAACGGUGCCCCAGCUGUCAGCACUACCGAAUUCGGAUGCGAUCUUUUUUUUGCGCGUCAUUUAUGGAAGUCAAACCAAAUUUUGUGGGCGUCGGGCUCGGCACAACCGGAUUUUGGUGGAAAGGAGGUGUACGAUCAGAGACUGCUGCUGGAAAUGGAGGAGGCUAAUGUAGUGGAGAUAAAUCGGCCCAGUUGCUACCGUUACGUUUGCGUUGAUCUGGAGCUAUCCAAUCUUGCAGUGAACACGAUGCUUGUUGCCAGCCGUAUUCCAGAGUUGGAGGGCGCCAGUGUAUUGACUUUCGAUCGUCUCCUGCCCGCCCAACAGUCCAUUGAAGAGCAGUUGCGACGUGGAGUCAAUGUGGGCGCGCAGAUCACGAAUUAUGACGAGGCUGCUGCGUGUUCGGCGGCCUUUCGGGUGCUUCGAACUAUGGUUGUGUCAUUGGUGAAGGACGUGACUCAGUUCAAAAACCCUCUGGCUGAUGAGCAGAUCAUCUACUUCUACCAUUGGUUGCGCUCCUCUACCUCCCUUCUUUACGACCCUGCGCUUCGACGUACACUGCAGAAACUCAUGAAGAAGGUCUUCUUAAAACUGGUGGACGAAUUGAACCAAACCCACGGUCUGGAUGUGGUCUACGCCAACUUUAGCCGCCUUAUCCUUUGCACCCAUCAGCUCGACGUUGUUGACGCCCUUCCACGAGCUGAUGGUCUCUCUCGAAUGCUCCAAGCAAAGCCAUUUUUCUCACAUCUGGAUCUUCAAUACACUCGUGGAUGGCAUCAGCUUCUGUGGUACGAUCCCGCCAACUAUGCAGGUCUCAAUAUUGAUCUGGAAGCCACUGCACUUUGCGAUUCCUCCCAGGUGACGGGAGCAUCAUUAGAUCCAAAGUCCAAUAAAGAAGUAGAAGUCGACAUGUGGUGGCACAUGGCUCGUUACCUUCCCAAAUCUCGCGGCAUUCGAUCCAAAUUCCACACAUUAAUCGCUGGCUACCUUCUAGCUACGCAUAGGGCCGUGCUUAACGAAUCUAACCGUCUGACCCAAGCUGCUGUCACCAGUCCCGACGACGUCCUGGUCGACGCCACAUUAACCCCUGGUGUUUUUGACUUCCUCGAUCGUCUCGUGCGCGAACAAAUCGGACCAGAGCUGUACAGCUUUGUUCAGCGGUUGAGGAGGAAAGGUGGACCUUGGUGUCCCUCUAGUGACAUUGGUAGCGGUUUCAGCAGCUCUGACAUUGCCGCAUACUUGGAUGAGGUAGGAGUUGAGACGGAAAUGGAGACGGAAGAAUUGGUACCUCCACUGCUUCCACCACACCCAGCGGAGCUAGAGGGACGGAGCGAACGAGCUCGACUUACCCCAAUCUGCGAUUUUGUGAAGACGCUGAGUCAACUUCUCUCUCUGGACACGUGUAUCGCAAGGCAGGUGGGAGAGAUGCAAAAUGACCUAUUUCGUCUUCUUGGAGUAGGUGAGUUUUCGGCCGAGGCGGCGUGGCAUGCACCCCACGAAUUUGGCGGUGGAGACGGCGAGGUGGGGACUAGAUCACUACUUGUCCACCUACCUGAGGUGACAUGUGCUACAUGCAACUUUAUCCGAGAUUUGGACAUCUGUCGGGAAAGGUGUGUGGCUUGGUUACCGGAUAGCAGUGGCGGUAUGGUGUGGGCCCCGGAUCUCCAGUGCCCCAAGUGCAUCUCUGGUGGUGGCAUCCAGGAGUCUUCGAUAGCCCGCGGUGGGUCUCACGGGCGUUGUGCCGAUUGCGCUACCCCGCUGGAACUAACUUUUCGCGGUGGUCGAGCCUUCACUGGUCGCCGACUGGCCGUCUAUUCUGCCAUCGGUCGCGCUUUCAAUCUGCCCUCUCUCAAGCUCACCGCUGAUUGGCUACUGCAGGGAGCCGCCUCCUUUUGGUCACUACUCCAACCCGCCAUCGAUUUGGCUAAAACGGUUGAAGAGGUGAAGUUGACUAAUUCAAUGGGCAGUCUGUGCUAUUUACCCGGUGCUGUCGGAUUUCUUGCGGGUGCCAUUUUCAUCAUCCUUGUGGAUUACUUCUUUCCCGAACAAGAUCUCAUUGACGAUGGCGACCUUAGCGAGCCGGGUAGUCCUGUCUACUCCCCAGUCAUGGAUAGGCAGCUUUUUGCAAAACUCACCACUGAUUCAGUUCGUUACCGUGGUAAUGAUUUCGUCUCUCCUCUCACCUUCUACAAACCCAAACUCCCCACCCGUCCACCAAGGAUUAGUAAUCGUGUCUGGCUGUUCCUUGUCGCUAUCACGGUCCACAACAUUCCUGAAGGUCUAGCCGUCGGCGUCGCUUUUGGCGCCGGAGACGACAGUGCUGCUGGAAGUGCCUUUUUGCGAGCGCGAAAUCUUGCGCUGGGCAUGGCUAUCCAAAACGUUCCUGAAGGCUUGGCAGUUAGUUUGCCAAUGCGAGCAGCUGGUUACUCGUUCUGGCAGAGUUUUUGGUACGGCCAACUCUCGGGACUUGUUGAACCAUUGGCUGGCAUUUUAGGUUGCAUCACCGUGCAGUAUAUCCAUCCCCUUCAGCCCUACGCACUGGGAUUUGCGGCUGGCGCAAUGAUCUUUGUGAUAUUCGAUGAUGUGAUACCGGAAGCACACCAAAAGAUACCAGACGGGUUGGAGCAGAAACGGUGUAAAGCCAUGAACAAUCAUUGUGGAGAUUACAACAUGACGGAGGGCACGAUGACGCAGCCACCAGACGCCAACCAUAAACCGGGUGGUGACGUUGGCGAUGGUGGUGGUGGUAGUGGUAGUGACGAUAAACAGGCCCUGGCGGAAGGAUCAAAGGCAUCUCCCCAGGCCCUCUGUUACAAGGUGAAAAAUGACAAAGAUUUCCGCGUUCCCGGCAAAGACUCGACCACCUGCACCAAGAACAUGGGACAUUUUAAUAACUACGACAGAAAACUGCAGGACGAUACGGCUACCCACAGCACUUCUCUUUGUUUGCUAGAUGCUAGUGGCAAGAUUCACGAACCUUCGCGAACUCUAGUUAAGCUAAACCGCUGGCUGCAGAUUACCGCAAAUGUAAUUAUUACCUGUGGCAGCCACUUUGAGAAAUGGGCCUUUUUGAGUAGUGGAAAGUAG